AUGAGGGAGAGAGUGGAGCAGACAGGUCUUGGACGUACUACCCAGGUAGUCUCCCCAAAGCUUGAUACACCAGUAGUUCAUGCUCUCGCGGACCAUUGGUGGCCGUCGACUCAUACCUUUCCUUUGCCUGUUGGGGAGGUAACCAUUACUCCCUUAGAUUUCUUUAUGAUCACUGGGAUCCCUUUCUCUAGGAGACCUAUCUCGUUGACUCCCUCAAUCCAAAUGAAAUCUAUCGGGGAAAUUAGUGACCUCCUAGGUUUCAAGGUGACUUCCAGCGUCAUUCUCUUGACCAUUCUAAAGAAAGAGUGGGACAACCGAGUAAUUGAUGAUAACUCCCCUGAAGAGUUACUAGAUCAAGCUGCUUGGAGUUUUCUCCUUUAUCUUGUCUCCAUUGUCCUCUUCUGUGAAGGACAGGGUCGUACAAAUACUUUCCUUGCCUGUUUCUUUGAAAAUUUUGAAGAGACAGAGUCCUUCGAAUGGGGUGGGUCUGCUUACGCCCACUUCUUGAAGAUGUUAGAUCGCAUUGCUUUCGGCGCGCCUGGCCGUAUUGACUGUGCCUAUGUUCUUUGGGUAUGGUGUUAUGGAGUCCUGGGGAUUCAUGCCCCUUGUCUCCCUAAUGAAGCAGCUCCCUACAUCCCCAGAGCGACUCGUUGGGGGAAGGCAGGGUGUUCCUUUAUUGAUGAGCUACAAGUGCGCCUCCAGCUCAAUGACUUGACAGUCAAUUGGGUCCACUGGCAAUACUAUGAUGAGGAGCAGAUUGAUGAUCCUGAUGACUAG